AUGACAAUUGCAAAUCUUCUUGUGUCCCUCAAUGACAAGGUCCAGGAAAACAAGGGCCAAUCCAUUCUCAUCACACUCUUUAUCGCACCGUUGUUCUACAUUCUCGUCAAUGAGCUUGUGCGCCACAAUGCACGGAUCAGCAACCUCGACGGACCUUGGGGAUUACCCUUGAUUGGAAAUAUCCGCGACAUCAAGGUAAACGCUUCGGAAAAAUAUCGCGAGUGGGCCAAGAAGUACGGACCAGUUUAUCAGAUCCAGCUUGGCAAUAUUCCCAUUGUUGUUGUCAAUAGCGCUGCUUCUGCGAGACACAUCUUUGGUGCUAAUGCACAGGCUUUGAGUUCUCGUCCAGAGUUUUACACAUUCCACAAGGUUCUCUCGGAUACCGCUGGCACCACAAUCGGCACUUCCCCAUACAGCGACUCCCUCAAACGCCGUCGCAAGGGCGCCGCUUCUGCCCUUAACCGACCUUCCGUGGCCACCUAUGUCGACCAUCUCGACGUCGAAACCCGUGACUUUAUCAAGGAGCUCAUCGAAUACGGCAACAAUGGAAAGACUCCUGUCGAUCCCAUGCCCAUGAUCCAGCGCCUUUCUCUCUCCCUAGCCUUGACGCUCAACUGGGGCGUUCGUCUGAAGAGCCAGAAAGACAACCUGUUCGCCGAGAUUACACAUGUUGAGGAGGAGAUUAGUCGAUUCAGAUCUACGACAGGUAAUCUCCAGGACUACAUUCCUUUGCUUCGUCUGAACCCUUUCAACUUCCACUCUUCCAAGGCGAGGGAGAUGAGGAACAGGCGAGACAAGUACCUCACUGCUCUGAACGACGGCUUGGAUGAGAGAAUCAAGAAUGGCACGUCCAAACCAUGCAUCCAGGCCAACGUUAUCAUGGAUAAGGAGGCCAAGCUGAACAAGGAUGAACUCACAUCCAUCAGUCUCACCAUGCUGUCGGGCGGUUUGGACACUGUCACUACACUUGUCGCAUGGUUUGUUGCUUAUUUGAGUCAACAUCCCGAGAUUCAAGACAAGGCAGUAUCUGAGAUUGGCAAAUUCUUCAGUCAGAAGGAGCCUAUGUGUGAUGUCAAUGACGACCAGAAGUGCGAAUAUGUCGUCGCCCUGGUCAAGGAGUCAUUGAGAUACUACACUGUGCUGCGACUCGCUCUUCCGCGAGCUUCGAUUCGCGACAUCAUCUACGAGGGUGUCAAGAUUCCCAAAGGGACUGUCGUCUUCCUCAACGCAUGGGCAUGCAACAUGGAUGAACAAGUUUGGUCCGAUCCUCAGGAGUUCCGCCCGGAGCGUUGGUUGGAGCAGCCUGAAGCUCCUCUCUUCACCUACGGCGUUGGAUACCGCAUGUGUGCUGGGUCAUUGCUUGCAAACAGAGAGUUGUACUUGUUGUACAUGAGACUUCUCAACAGUGUUAAGAUCGAGCAGUUUGACAAUGUCGAUUGUCACCCUGUUCGAGGCAACUUGGAUCCCACAAGUCUCGUUGCGAUGCCCCGUAGAUACAAGGCUUCGUUUACGCCAAGAAGUCCGGACGAUUUGAAGAAGGCUCUGGCAGUGUCAGUAUAG